AUGAAUGGCUCUGGGUGUCGCCCAGGGAAACGUGAGCUGCGGCCGAGCUGGCGGCGCUAUGCCGCCACGUUCCCGCCAGAGGGCGCCCGAGCUUCUUCGGUCUUUGCCGUUGGCCGAGCGCGGCCCCAGGGACUUCCAGCAAGUUCCCGCCCUGUGGAGGCGCCUCUUCCGGAAGCAAACUUGCCGGGUUACGGGCACGCUGCCCCUGGCACCGAUGCGGGCAAGGCCUUCUGCAUGUUCUACGCGGUGCUGGGCAUCCCGCUGACGCUGGUCAUGUUCCAGAGCCUGGGCGAGCGGAUGAACACCUUCGUGCGCUACCUGCUGAAGCGCAUCAAGAAGUGCUGUGGCAUGCGCAACACGGACGUGUCCAUGGAGAACAUGGUGACCGUGGGCUUCUUCUCCUGCAUGGGGACGCUGUGCAUCGGGGCGGCCGCUUUCUCCCAGUGCGAGGAGUGGAGCUUUUUCCAUGCCUACUACUACUGCUUCAUCACGUUGACUACCAUUGGGUUCGGGGACUACGUGGCCCUGCAGACCAAGGGCGCCCUGCAGAAGAAGCCGCUCUACGUGGCCUUCAGCUUUAUGUAUAUCCUGGUGGGGCUGACGGUCAUCGGGGCCUUCCUGAACCUGGUAGUCCUCAGGUUCUUGACCAUGAACAGCGAGGACGAGCGGCGGGACGCCGAGGAGAGGGCGUCCCUGGCCGGGAACCGCAACAGCAUGGUCAUCCACAUCCCCGAGGAGGCGCGGCCGGGCCGGCCCCGCUACAAAGCGGACGCGCCGGACCUGCAGUCCGUGUGCUCCUGCACCUGCUACCGCCCGCAGGAGUACGGGGGCCGCCCGGCCGCCCAGCAGAACUCCUUCAGCACCAAGCUCGCCCCCCAGUACUUCCACUCCAUCUCGUACAAGAUCGAGGAGAUCUCACCAAGCACACUGAAAAACAGCCUCUUCCCGUCCCCCAUCAGCUCCAUUUCCCCCGGGUUACACAGCUUUACUGACAACCACAGGCUGAUGAGACGGCGGAAGUCCAUUUAGAGUGCGGGGCGCGCCGUGCAGGUAGAACAGUCACUUGUCCUGUUUGACGUCAAGUUCCACUGGCCCACCUCCUCUUUUCGUUCUUAUUUAUUUAUUAUGAGUAUCCUUUGUUGUGAUGGUCAUUA